AUGGAAGGAAGCAAUCAAGCUGCUCCAGUUGAUAUAGAGAACCCAUACAUUCCAUUAGAAACUUCCAUGAGACAGGAAUUGGGUAGGUUAUCUCCUUCAUCCUCUUCAUGUUGUAUUUACAGAGUUCCAGAGCGAUUGAGACUUGUAAAUGAAAACGCGUACACACCUCAGGUAGUCUCUAUAGGUCCACUCCACCAUGGCAAGAAAGGGUUUGAAGCCAUGUAA